AUGGAAACUGAUAUCGUAACAUUCAUAGGCACCGAGGCUCCUAAAAUUGACCCCGCCUUUGGAGUUCCAUCGCACUAUGACUAUCAGCGGGCGACGUUUGGUCCCCGUAAACCUCACCAUGACCUUGAGGAAGCCUUGCUGCAAUACAAGAAGUUAAAACUCACCCCAACUCUCGAUUUUGACGUGGAGAACUGCUCGUGGGAAGACGUGUUGGAUCAAAUGACGAAGGUUAAAGGGGAUUAUGAAGAUAGGGCCAACGGCUUGAAAAAUACCUUCCGAAAAGUGUGGAGAAAGAUGGGGGAUGGAGAUAUACUCGGAAAUAUAAAUCCUUUGCUUGACAUGAUUCCAAACCAGUAUGGACUCAGUGUUCUGCGAGGAGGCUUGGCUUUCAUAUUCUAUCUUGCAAAGAAAGCAGCAAAGAAACGCGACAAAAUUUUCAGCGCGUUCGAAGACAUUCCCGAUGUUAUAGCUAGAGCGAUGGCUAAGAGGGAACUUUUUCCUUCUCACAAACGACUAAGAGAAUGCUCAGACAAAUUAUAUUCAACUCUCCUGCUAGCAAUCACGCACCUGAUAGGAUAUUUGCUUCCAAAGCAGGCCAAGCAAAUAUUCCAGAACUUCAAAGAAUCGCUCUCAGAAACAGAAAUAGAUGGAAUAUUAGGGAGUGUGAGUACAGAUGCCGCAGCGCUUUCUCUGUGUGCCGAGGGUCUCCUGGAAGCUGCAGCCGUCGAGACAAAUACGUUUACCAAGAAGGGAGACCUCCAACUUCAAGCAAUACGUAUGUCUACAAUAGAUAAUGGAAUCAAAACUCAAGCCGUAGGCAGGCAACUGGGAGGAGUUGAAGCUAGAGUGGAAGCAUUACAACUAGUGCCGCAGAAACUGGACGAUAUGGACCGAAAGAUCGACGAACUCAAGCAAAGGGAGAGCGCUAUUGUUGCUGAAGCCACUGCUUCCGGGAUCAAUGGAAAGAAUGCACUGGCCAGGUUCCUGGCUGAUGUAUGGGCAGAACGGGAAGAGCGCCAGAUGCGAGAACUCGAAUUAGAAGAAAGAAUACUUGAUCUGGAACGAUCCCGAACACCAUUGCCACCCUCUACUGCUUUCAUAACACUGCCUCAUCUGCUGGAGGUCCUCGCAGUCCCCCUUGAAACUUCAAUAAACGACUUGGAAUCUACGCUCAGGCAAGGCAGGGAGUUUGAUAUGGCGGCCCAGGGGCAGUCACGCUGGCUUCUGCAGACGGAGCAGUUUCGCCGAUGGUUCUCCUCGACUCGUUCAGAGCUCCUGUUAGUUGACGGCAACACAGACUCUGCAGACCCAGGAAGAAUCUCGCCUAUGGCUUUCCUGUCUGCAACACUCAUUGCCAGCAUCCUAAAAAUGCAACCGCAAGCUAUUUCACUCUAUUUCUUUUGCGGCCAGCAUACGUCUCCAAGUGACGUUUUGAGGGGACCAAACGGAUUGAUGAGGAGCCUUGUGACCGGAAUAAUUAUAGAACUCCGGAGACGAGGAGCGCUUAGCCUUGAUUUCAUAAACUCACGCCCUUACAGGGAGGCGCUUGAACGACAGGAUGCACUAGCAAUCUGCGUCACUUUUCAGCAAUUGAUCAAGCAGCUCCCGCUCGAGACACCUGUCUAUUGCAUUAUUGGCGGUAUUUCAUGGCUCGAGAAACAAGAAUGGCUAGAUGACCUAUACCGUGUUGUCGACAAGUUCCAGGAACUGGUCUCGGACGAGCAUCUCCGGCCAAACUUCAAGGUCUUGAUGACGAGUCCGCACAGGAGCAGAUUCAUCUACCGGAGAGUUUCACCUCAGCAGCGCGUUUUCCUGCAGACCGGCCUGAUUGAUAAUGGCCUCACUUCCGAAAGAUUCCUCUUAGCGGGUAUGCGCCGGCCCGUAUCUCCUGGGCUGGCCCAGUUUGUUGGUCGCCACGAGGCAGACUCCAAUGAUGAUGAGUGGGCAGCCGACGACUACAAUUGA